GCUCCCUGUAUUGGCUAAGGAAGCUGAGGCUGUGACCUGAAACCACAGGAUCAGAGUCACCAUGCAUGGACACUGCUUUCUCCAACAACUUGUUUUUCUCCUCUUCAUUGUCUUCGCAGGAGCUCAAGGCAGCAUCCAGAUCCGUCUGAAAGAUGGGAAUAAUCGGUGUGCUGGAAGAGUGGAGAUCCUUUACCAAGGCACCUGGGGCACCAUUUGUGAUGACGAAGGGGUUGCAGCUAGAGUGGUAUGCAGACAGCUUGGCUGUGGACAGGACCUCUAUUAUACAGAUGGUUAUUUCUUCGGACUUGGAUCAGGGCCCAUUUGGCUGGGUGGCCUGAAUUGCACAGGAAAGGAGUCCCAUGUGUGGAAGUGCCCUUCCUGGGGAUGGGGCCCACAUAACUGCAGUCACACGCAGGAUGCCGGAGUUAUCUGCACAGGAUUUCUGCGUCUAGCUGGACAAGAUGGACUUUGCUCAGGGAGAGUAGAAGUGAACCCUAGAGGAAGGUGGACUCCAGUGUCUGAUGUGAACUUCACGUUCCCCACUGCCCAAGUUAUAUGUGCAGAGCUGGGGUGUGGCAAGGCUGUGUCUGUCCUGAGGAAUGUGUCCAGGAAUGCCAAUGAGAAGCUGUGGGCUGAAGAGUUCCAGUGUGUGGGGCAGGAGCCUGAGCUCUUGUUCUGUCCCAGAGCACCCUGUGCUGGAGGCAGCUGCCAGCAUGGUGGGGCUGUUGAGGUUGUCUGCUCAGAGAGCCCACAGCUCCGCCUGGUAAAUGGAGGCAGUCGCUGUGUUGGAAGAGUAGAGGUGCUUCACCAUGACUCCUGGGGAACCAUCUGUGGUUACAACUGGGACACAACUGAGGCUGAAAUAGUGUGCAGACAAUUGAGCUGUGGAGGUGCCCUGGCUGCUGUAGAUGCUACUUACUUUGGGGCUGGAUCCGGGCCGAUCUGGCUGGAGGACCUGAGAUGCACAGGACAGGAGUCCCAUGUGUGGAAGUGCCCUUCCUUAGGCUGGAACAAUACCUACUGCAGUCACCAGGAGGAUGCAGGAGUCAUUUGCUCAGUGGCCUGCAGCUGCAGCUGUAUCUUGUCUGCAGAGACUGCGAAUCUGGACGACAUUGGAUUUGUGCGCUUGGCUGGAGGAGAAGGACUCUGCUCAGGGCGAGUGGAAGUGAAUCCUGGAGGAGAAUGGAUCCCAGUGUCUGAUAGGAACUUCACCCUUGCCACUGCCCAGGUCAUCUGCGCAGAGCUGGAGUGUGGCAGAGCUGUGUCUGUCAUGAGGGAUGUGCCUUUUAGAGAGGCCAUUCCACAGGUGUGGGGUGAGGAGUUCCGGUGUGAGGGGCAGGAGCCUGAGCUCUGGUUCUGCCCCAGAGCACCGUGUCCUGGAGGCAGCUGCCAGCACAGUGGAGCUGUCAAAGUUGUUUGUUCAGAGUUCACUGAAGUUCGGCUCACGAAAAACAGCACCUCUCAGUGUGAAGGUCAGGUGGAGGUGAACACUUCUGUGGGCUGGAGAGCGCUCUGCGCCUCCCACUGGAGUAUGGCCAAUGCCGAUGUUUUGUGCCACCAGCUCGGCUGUGGAGUCGCCAGCUCAACCCCAAAAGGAGGAGCAUACUUUGUGGAAGGAGGUGGUGAGAUCAGGAAAGACAGAUUCCACUGCUCAGGGGCUGAGUCCUUCCUGUGGAGUUGUCCUGUGACCUCCCUGGGUGUUCCCGCCUGUGCCCACGAGAACACGGCCUCAGUGGUCUGCUCAGGAAACCAGACCCCGCUGCUGUCGCGAGGCAAUGAUUCCCUGUCUGACCCAGAAAGAUCCACAGCCUCAGAAGUACAGGCUGCCUGCUGUUCAGACAGCGGACAGCUGCGCCUGGUGGAAGGAGGUGGUCGCUGUGCAGGGAGAGUGGAGAUCCUGCAUCAGGGCUCCUGGGGCACCAUCUGCGAUGACAGCUGGGACCUGAGUGAUGCCCACGUGGUGUGCAGACAGCUGGACUGUGGAGUGGCCCUCAAUGCCACGGUCUCUGCUCACUUUGGGCCAGGAUCAGGGGACAUCUGGCUGGAUGAGCUGAACUGCACAGGAGAGGAGUCCCAUGUGUGGAAGUGCCCUUCCUGGGGCUGGGGACAGCAUGACUGUUGGCACAAGGAGGAUGCAGGGGUCAUCUGCUCAGAGUUCCUGGCCCUCAGGGUGGUGAGCGAAGACCAGGAAUGUGCUGGGUGGCUGGAGGUUUUCUACAAUGGGACCUGGGGCAGUGUCUGCCGCAGCCCCAUGGAGGAUGUGACCUUGUCAAUGAUCUGCAGACAGCUUGGCUGUGGGGACAGUGGGACCCUCAACACUUCUGUUCCUCCCAGGGAAGGUCCUAGACCCCGGUGGGUGGAUGGAAUCCGGUGUCAGAAAACUGAUGUCUCUCUCUGGCAGUGUCCUUCUGACCCUUGGAACUCCAGGUCUUGCCUUCCAAAGGACGAAGCUUAUAUCAUGUGUGCAGGACAAAGACCCAAGAGCUGUCCAGACUCUGCGCCCUGCACAGACCGAAAGAAGCUGCGGCUCCAGGGAGGAGACAGCGAGUGCUCAGGGCGUGUGGAGGUGUGGCAUGAAGGCUCCUGGGGCACAGUGUGUGAUGACUCCUGGGGCCUGGCAGAGGCUGAGGUGGUGUGUCAGCAGCUGGGCUGUGGCAGUGCCCUGGAUGCCCUUGGAGAGGCUGCUUAUGGCUCUGGAAAUGGAAGCAUCUGGCUGGAUGAGGUGCAGUGCAGGGGCAGGGAGUCUUCCCUGUGGGCCUGUGCCAGGGCACCCUGGGGACAGAGCGACUGCAAGCAUGAGGAGGACGCAGGCGUGAGGUGCUCAGGUGAAAAAAUGACUGUUCUCUCCGCCCCUACAAGCACCAGUUCAGUCUCAACCUCUUUCCCUGGCAACUUCUCCUUAUAUGCGAUCCUCUGCAUCAUCCUGGGAACCCUUCUCUUCCUGCUCCUCAUUAUCUUGGGAACACAGCUGGGCAGAUGGAGAGCAGGACAUCAAGCCUUAGCUGCUUCUGAAGAUGCUGUUAAUGAGGCUGUGUACCAAGAGAUAGAGUACCUUGUGAAAGCAGAGAAGUUGGAUCUACUGGACAACCCAGGAACUGCAUCUGAUGACUCAGCAACUAAGCUGCCCUAUUACACAGGAGACAAUGAGGAGGUUGGAGACCAUGAAUCUGCCCCAGAACCUCCAGGGCAGCAUGUUGAUGCCACAGGAAAUGGUUAUGAUGAUGUUGCAGAGAUACUUGUUCCAGAAAUCCCUUCUUCCCUUGGGAGGAGUGAGAAGUACUUUGUUUCAGAAGAGAGAGAUGCUAUCAGGCAACUCUGUUCAGUCUCCCAAGAAGCCACCCUUUCUUUCAUGGAUGAGAAAGAAUCCCCCUUGGCUCUGAGACAAGAAGAAACUGGGUAUGAUGAUAUUGAACUGGAUGCUGUAUAGUGCCUUAUUUGGAGCAACCAAGUGUGAAAAUACCUUCUCUAUGAUUUGUUUCUCAAAUGAGAAUUCUGUCUUUAUGAUUGCAAAGCUUUAACAUGUAUCUGUUAUUAAAGGAUGUUAUUCACAAUAAAUACUCAACCCUUCACUGACCAGAGUUAUUCUCUUAAGAAUGAGGUAUAUUGAACCCCAUUAACUUUGGAAAAUGCAGUCCUCAUACACAUUCUUUUCACUGAGUGAAAUCUCAGUUGUAAGAGCCACAUUAUUGUCUCCCACAGACCACACUCUUGCCUUCCUUUAGGUGCAGAGAUGUUCUUUGUUUGAAUAGCAUGAAACAUGAAAAGUCAUCCUGAUGUCAGUGCUUACAUUUAGGAAGCUGAUCAGAAACUGAGUUCCAAAACUGAGUAUUCCAAAAAAUAUUCCAUUCAUCCUUUCUUAAAACCUGGAAGUCUUUUUCAAAGUGAAUGGGGUUGGUUAUCUAGAAGGGAAAUGAAUACAGCUCUUGUAAUUUUACUCAAC